AUGAGGUGGACAGAAGCUUUUUGGUCAUUCUGUCGCGAUGAACGGGUGCAUCUGGCCACCAUUGGCCUCGCAACGUUUGGCCUUGUCCGCACGAUAACUGCCGUCUUGACCAUCGUUCGCGAUGGCAACGAAAUUCCACCAAAAGAACCCAAAACUCAAUACAUCACUCAGGAAACGGAAGAUGCUCUCAAGCUCGAUACUUUGGAAAAGCUGUUGAUGCAUCCAAACUUUUCCGUCAGGGAAGUCGCUACCAAGAUAUUGUGCGAUAGAGCCAUCAACGACGAUGAAACUCUCUUUAUGCUUCUUUAUGGAAUAACUCGGCCAGACUACGAAGAGCGUAUGAGAUGCCUUCGAGCUCUUGCUCUGCUGACUGGACAGACCAUGGGUCUUGAUGGUCUAAGACAGCUGAAUAACAGCAAGGCGUACUCGGCAUUGGUGAGGUCGCUGGAACUGAGUCUUGAAGAUGUAGAACUUCCAGACUUGACUAAUAAUCACUGGGACGAAUAUUAUCUCCGUGACAUGGCCGAGAGAUUUUGCCUCAUGUUCGUCCACGAGCUCAUCAGCAAAUAUGGGAGCAAUGCACUUAUCAAGGCCAAGUUUGUGGAAAAGUGGCUUGCAAAACAGAAAUGGGGGGACGAUCCGGCUGUGCGCCGCCACAAUUUCAAGGCAUAUAUGGACCUUAAAGACAAUAGGCUCGUGGAAAUUGUUGACCGAAUAAAACAUUCCAAGAGAGGUUUGAAGGCUUUGGAAGAGGCUGGUUUGAUCGAAGUUUCCAGGAGGCGGAUUGGAACGCCGGAUAUCAUUAUGGAGAUUGAAGAGGAAAUUCACGGGCAAACCCACGCUUCCACGAACCGAAUUCGAAGACCCAUGCGAGAGACUUCUGUGGAGGAGCAGCGGCUUCGACGCCAACACCGCGAAGCGAUGGUCCUCAAUGAUGGUACGAGACCUCUCGGAAGAGAAGACAUCAUAGAAAGGGACCAUGAAUCGACAACAUGA